UUUAAAUUUUUAGAAAGAUUUUGUUAGAUUUUUUCUCAAUAUUUUGUUAUAACUAAAGAUAAAAUUUAAAUUUACAGUUAAAAUUGAUUUAUUAUUAAUAUCUUUAUAUAUUUAAUAGAUUAAUGUAAAUAAUUAAAUAAAUGAUACUUCUUUUUUAAUAGAGAAUAUUUUUUCCUUAGACAGUAGAAUAAGAGUUGAAAACGAAUAAAAUUCACACAUGAAUAAAUAGUUAAUAAAUAUUUUUGUUCGUUGAGUACUAUUUAUAUGUGUACGUAAGUGUACAUUCACAAACCACAACACAUCCCUCUACUUUUCUUUAACAAUUUCAAGUGACCGGAGAAAGCAAAAGAAGAUCUCAGCGGCGAAAUGGACGAGUCGUGGCGAAUGAAGUUGGGUUUGAACGUUGAUCCAUUCUUCUCCAUUGCUCGAAGAUCCAUGGACGUUCGAAUCGACGCCCAAGACUUCUCCGAUGUUUUCGGUGGACCGCCGCGUAGCGUCCUCACUAGGAAAUUCUCCGGCGACUUUUCCCGCUCCGACUGUUUCUACGACGAGAUUUUCCGACCACGUGGGAUGUUCUCCUGCGGCGCGCUUCCUUCUUCUAAAUCUCACGGAAGAAACUUACCGGCGUUUAGAAUUCCGUCCGGCGGAGAUGGAUUUUACGACGGCGUGUUCGGAGGUCGCAGUGGGACGGAGAAGGAGGGAACCAAGAAGCAGAGUCCGAUAACGAAAUCGAGGUCGAAUUCCUCGCCACCACCGGCGGGGACUUCAGAUGAUGACGCCGGAAUAUCUUCUUUUACUUCUACACUCAGACCGUUAAACGUCCCGUCAAGAAGUCAUAAGCGGGAAUCGAAGAAACAGAGUUUCCCGGUGUUUCCGACAUCAUUGUCCGGCCAAGAUCUCACACCGGGAAAAUUCGAUUUUUGCUACAGAAAACCACACUUCGGCAGCUCUCGGAGAUCCUCGCCGGAGACCAUGACCUUGGAUCCACAAUCCUUCAGGAGAAUGGAUGAUUUCGGACCAAGCUCUCCAGCAUCUUCCCCUGUUUCUUCUUUCAUCCGCGAAGAUGAAUAUGAAACAGAGGCCAAGCAGAGAACCACCCAAGACUGUAAAGUAGAACAAGAAGACGAUGAGGAUGAGAUGAGCUCUUACGUAAUCGAAAUAAACUCAGACCGUUUUGAUCGCUACAGAGACGGAGGAAGCGGAGGAGGAAACUCUGAUUCGAAUGACAUGGAUGAAGCAAUAGCUUGGGCCAGAGAGAGAUCUCAACGUCCAGAAACAAAACAAGCACAAGAAGACUUAAUAGAUUCAAGAAGGAGCGAAGAAGAAGAAGAAGAAGCCAAAUCAGAAGAAGAGGUUAGUACUAUGGAGAUGGAGAUGAAAGAUGAAGAGAUAAGAAUCUGGUUAACCGGAAAAGAAACCAACAUUAGACUCCUCCUCUCAACUUUACAUCAUGUUCUAUGGUCAAAUAGCAAUUGGCAGGCCAUACCUCUGGCAAAUCUACGAGAUGGAUCACAAGUGAAGAAAGCUUACCAAAAGGCUCGCCUUUGUUUACAUCCAGAUAAACUUCAACAGAGAGGAGGAACUUCACCGCUUCAGAAGUCUGUCGCCAGCAGAGUAUUCUCCAUUCUUCAGGAAGCAUGGAGUGUGUACUUAACAAAUGAAGGACUCUCAAGCUAAACCGGAAUUUGCAAAUCAUUUCCUGGUGUUUAGUAAACCGGAUAUGUUCAUAAUCAUUUAUAGUGUAAUGAAGAAUAAGAAAAAAGGAAAAGGAAAAGGAGGGUUUGUUUUCUGCAAUGAUUCUAAUAGUCAUAUGAACAUUCCCAUGUGGUGCAUUUGUGUCUACCAUUGUCAAUGCUCUUAUAUAUAACAAAAUGUUAGGAAACUAUAUUAAAGAACAAAUAAAUGCAUGAAAACGGAUGGAACCUGGCUAAGAAAAGGAAAAAAAAAACAAAUGAAGAUAUUUUUGUUUCUUGAUAGUAGAUACAGAGUAAGCAACACCUAUUAGAUUAAAACUAAAAACGCAUAAAUCAGGUAAACUACUCUUAUGUCGAAUAUAUCUAAAUUUUUUGUUUCAGUAUCCACAAAAUUCCUCCUGUUUCUUGUUUGUUUGAUAUUGGAUAAGGGUGUAACGAUAGAAUUUACAGUAAUUUUGUACAAAAACAUUAGUUAGGUUACCAUCUAAUCUUUGAUCGCUCUCCCAGCCUAUUGCCAGAUUUUCUAGUGUCUAGUGACUCCAGUAGAGAGCUUAUACUAUUACACAUUAACUAGGUUUUUGUUAUAACUCUUCCUCGCAAGUGUUUUGGUAUAGAUCUCGUAAGUUCAAUAUGGUUAAUCUUGAAAUCAUUUUUUUGAACGUAUGAACUGAUUAAGUCAUGGGGAGGACAUAAACUUCAAGUACAAACCAAGAACCUUAGAAAACUGUGGAUAAUAAAGAGAAAAACGACAACAUUCUAAAUAAGAAUCAAACAUCGUUUCUGGAUGUUUCUCUUUGAAUCACAUCAUGUAACUAAGAAGGGCUUCCAAGUGACAAGUAGGAAUUGAAACGCCCAUCUCGCAACACACUUUUGGCAAUAUCUCUUGUAAGUUUCUCCACUUCAAAGGAUAUGCUUGUGAAGCUACCUUUAAGUGCAAAGAUUUGUUCCAACAAAGCUCUAUACCUUGGCCAUAGGUCUAGCUUCGCUACAGCUUCUACUAUCUCAUGGCAGUCCGAAGCAAUUAUCACAUCUUGGACCCGUAGAUCUCUUAAACUCUACAACACCCAUAUACAGCCACCAUUCGAUUGGGCGAUCGAGUAACAGCGUCUAUAGCAUGGUGAUUUACUUUCCCGCAAUGAUCUCUCCUUACCCAUGCUGCACCAUUAUUCAAAUGUUGAUUCCUCCAGUUCACAUUCAUGUUGCAUUUUAUGACUCCAUGUUAUGGCGGAAACCACCUUUCAGGCCUACACAAACCAACAUUUGCGCCUGUAUUGAACUCCUCAUGACUGCAUAUUUCUAAGUGUGCAUGGAUUCAUUAGAUGGUGUUACUUAGUCAAUAAUCUAUUUAUCUAUACUACGAUUUAUUAAGCGAUUUUGCUUAUCUAUCAUGUUCACCAUUAUUUUAGACAUAAUCAUUAGUUUUAAUAAUAACUAAAGAUUGAUCCGCGCAUCCGCGUGGAUAUUGGUUCUUACAUUUUUAUAUAUCAAUAUUUUUUUUUAUAAUUAGUGUUAUAUAUUUUAGAUGGGUCAUAAUAUAACUAAUUGUAUUCAAAAGAUCUUGACUGAAUCAGUUAAUAUGAUUAUUUUUGGUACAAAUAUCCGAAUCCGUUUUAGAUACAUUUGUUAUUGAGAUAUUUUAGGUUAAUAUACAUCAAAACCAAACUCAUCCAGACACAGAAGGACACAACUCAAAACCCACACAUAAAGUUAUAGUAUUCAAGCGGAACCUAAUUUAAAAAAAAAACGAUAUCCGAAAAAAUAACCCGUACAUAAAUGGAUAACCAAUUAUCAUGUCUAACUGCUUUUAUAAACUAAUAAAAAGAACUAUAUCUAUGCGUUUUGCUAAAUUAAAUGAAAUAAAAAGAGUUUUUUUAUUUAGUAAAAUAAUUAUAUGGAAUAAAAAAUUAAUUGAUAAUAAAUGUAAUACAUUUUUAUUAUUUUGAUUUUAGUUAUUAUUUUAUUCACAAAAACAUGUCUUCGAAUUAUGUUUUUGACUACGUGAUUUUCCACCGAUUGAAACUAAAAU